AUGCUUCCUGCAGCCGGGCAGUCGAGGGAAAAUCAUGAAAAUAUCAUAUUUCCUGUAGCAGGGCAAUCAAGUGAAAAUUGUGUAUGUCCUGGGCAGUCGAGGGAAAAUUUCACGCUACCAUCUUCAUCCUUUGCGAAAAGAAAAUCAAGCAUCAGAUUAGAAACCAGUAAAUCAAGGUUCUCAUUGCGGGAUGACAUUGAGAACCUUGCGAAUUUGAUUUCUGCAAAAAUUAGCGGUAUAGGACCCUCCAUCAAAGAGUGCUUGGCCUUGCUAGGCAAGAUUGAUGAUGGAGUUGCCGUUGGAAGUCCAACUUAUUUUUACGCGUGCAACUUCCUUUGUAACAAAGACAAUAGGGAAAUGUUCAUUGCAAUUGGAGAUGAUACAGCACGACACAAUUGGAUUAUGUAUAACUAUAACAUCUCCAAAUCGAACGAUCCUGUGUUGCCAUGA